AUGGCGUCCCCUCCGCCCGUCGGAUCCAGCUGUCCCGGCCGCCCGCCUGACCACGGCGGCAAGCCGUUCCAGAUCCGGCGCAAGCCGGUAGCAGCGGCCCAGCCUGCUGCGCAGCAGGAGAUAUCAGGGCAGGAAGUUGGCGUCGUCAAGACGAGUCCUGCCGAGUUGGCGGAGAAGAAGAGGCCGUCGCAAGAAGCACCCUCAACUGGCGCGCUGGAGAGGCCUGAUGUAUCAUUGCAGACGUCUCUUCCGCCCAGGAUCGCGGAUGGCCCGGUCUAUGCCAGUCCGGCGUCAGCAUCAACUAAUACGUCCCUCACUAAUACUCCGUCGCCAGCUGGUGUGAGCUCGUCGUCAAAAACGGAAUCUUCUUCUGGCACAUCGCAGUCGUCCGCCGCAUCGUACGUCCAAAAGGCGUACCGCGAAGCGCGGCAUUUCGUCGGCGGGCUCAUCCAGCAUCCCACGGAGAGCACCAAGCACUACACCAUCCUGCGGCACUCGCACGGCAUCGUCUUCUACCAGGGCAGCUACACGUUCCUGGCCGUGUCCAUCUUCGCGGACACGCCGCUGCCGGCGGACCGCACGCUCUGGAUGCAGAGCAAAGGCUGGACGGGCAAGACGGGGAUGCGCGCGCGCGCCCUGCUCGGGCUGACCGACAGCUGGAUCAACGUCACGCCCACGACGCCCAUCCGGCCGGACCAGGUCAAGCCGAGCGACGAGCGGGCGUGGCAGCGCGACAUAUCGCGGUUCCGCAAGAAAGGCCCGCAGCCGAUGCGCGAGCGGCACCAGCUGCGCGAGACGGCCAUUGUGCGCAUCCCCGUCGAGGCGGGCGACGGAUACUUCCAGCUGGUGCUGUGUCAGGGCGAGAAGAAAAAAGUGCUGUGCUACAGCCCCGUGUUCCGAGUCAUCUCGACGUCGUCAGACCCCAGCUCCCUCCGAGGCGCCAGUUUGAGUACCCUGCCGCUGGAGCUGGGGGCGUACAUUGCGAGCACGUACGCGACGAACACGGUGCAGAGCCUCAUCGCGCCGGUGACGCAGACGGUGCAGAACGUGCUGCAGCCGUAUCUGCCGUCAUGGAAGACGCAGCAGGCCCUGUCGACGGCGUAUUCGGUCAGCGGGAUGGAAGACCGUGUAGGGUCGACGAUCGAGGACGCGAACAGCCGGCUCGAUCAAGUCAGGGAGCAAGCAUUCACCCGGGCUGGCGGCGAAGAGGUUGAUCUCGAGGCUGGGCCAGCACCGCCGUAUCCGAUUGAUUUCGUCGGCCGUGUCGAGGAGCCCAUCCAGACGGAAUGUUUUGCGCCGAGGAUGAAAGUAGGGGGAGUGCCUGCUCAUGUAUCGCAGCGGUUAUACGGCCACUACUUUGGCUGGGCUCGACUGCUGCCAGAGCAGCGUGGCGCAGCAGCAGCUCAGCCCGGUCCAUGGCAGCAGAGUGUCAUCUCCGCGACGUCAGCAGUGGCAGAAGCAACAGCGCCAAACGUGCGGUCCGAUCAAGCGUUCAAGACGAAAGUGUCCAUCCGGUUCAUCGACGACGUCGACGUGGAGAUCCAGCCUCGCUCCCGGAUCGAGGUGCGGGUAAUGGGCUUUGUCCGGUCGCCACAGGCCUCGUCAGCAUCGCCAUCACCAUCACCAUCAGGGUCAACCUCGUCUCUCCAGAAGGGCAUUGCCAAAACUGGAGCCGGCGACGACGCCGCAGCCGCAGCCGCAGCCGAAGAGCGCAUGCUCCUCGAAGCAUACGAUGCCUCCCUAGCACAAAGCACACUAGACCACCCAGCCUGGGCGCCCGACGCACCCGUCGCCCGCAAAAACGAGAAGGACAGCGAGCGAGUCGCCGACAGCGAGAAGCAAGGCAUUCUCGACCGGACAAAAGACCGGUACGCACAAGCGCUCAUUUCGGGACAAAGGGCCAUCGACCGGGUGCCGUUGCAUAAACUCGGUGUGCGGAUGGGCACGCAUGAGCUGAAGGAUAAGAUGGUGCCUGUUAGUGGAUUCUAUAUCCCUAGAUAG